CCAUGACCCAUGAGUUACUCUCAAACCCUCCCGGACGGAGAAGAAAGGCGACGCGACGGCGCUGGAGCCGGCGGCCGCUCCCAACCCACAGCGUGCCGAGGGGACUAGGUGCAUCAGUGGAGCGCCCACCCUUCCCUGCGUGGCGGGCUUCAGCGCCGAGCUUAUUUUCGGCGCCGUUGCCGUCCUCGCCAAGCAGCUCCGGUUCCGAACCCCGCGCGCGUCCGCCGCCGCUGGGCCUUGCUGCGCGGUGGGGGAGAAGUUCGCUGAUUGUCCGUGCCGUCGCCGUCGCGGGGCUUCGGGGUCGCGCCCUCUGCAGCCGACCUAUUUUGCCAUCAGGCUUUGCACUUGUGGCUGUUUACAUUCCUAUGAUCCUGUAAAUGAUGCGGGGAAAGCUUUGGGUCAGACUUGCUCCCUUUCUUUCUAAGCGGUAUGUCUCUUCCUCAUCAUCACCAUCAUGCUCGGCAAUCCAACCAUGGCUCUUUAUUGGCCUAGGUAACCCUGGUGAGAAGUACCAAUCCACCAGACACAACGUUGGGUUUGAUAUGAUAGAUGCAUUUGCAGAGUCUCAGAACAUAUCCCUGACCAAAAAUCACUUCAAAGCACUAUUUGGUGAAGGGAUGGUUGAUGGCAUCCCUGUUUUGCUUGCCAAGCCUCAAACAUAUAUAAAUCUCAGCGGUGAAUCUGCUGGUGCACUUGCUGCCUAUUAUAAGCUUCCACUCCACCGUGUCGUAGUGGCAUAUGAUGACACAGACCUGCCAUGUGGAGUUCUUCGUUUACAACCUAAAGGCGGAUAUGGACGUCACAAUGGGUUGAAGAGUGUGAUAUACCAUUUUCGCAAGAACCGAGAAUUUGGCCGAUUAAGGGUUGGGAUUGGACGUCCGCCUGGUCAGAUGGAUCCCAAAGCUUUUGUGCUUCAGAAGUUCAACAAGACUGGUCGUGAACGGGUAUAAAAUCUCCAUUGCUAUAAUCCUUGUGUUCUAGUUUAAUGUUAUGCUUUAUUCUUAUUAUCCAAUUUUAAUUCUCGUGUAGUUCUUAAUGAAUUAAUUUAGAAACACCUUCUUUUGUUCUAUUGUUGGAUGAUUGUGUUCAUUAACUAGGAUAAGUGUUACCAAACAUUAAGGAGUCCAACACCCUUGGCUAUAUAAGCAAGCUCUGUGUUCUAGUGACUUUAAUCUAUUUAAGUUAAUUUUUAGCAUAUUUCUGCAUGCUCCCUGCAAAACAAAAAUAAUCUAGGCUCCAUUAGAUAGUAUGACGAGGGAGUAUUUUCUGCGACAAAACAACUUCAUUAUAUGAUUUUGUUAUGGAUAAACUAGAUAUGCAUCGAGAUAUGGUGUGUCAAACUGAAAACAAUUUUACAGACUGAGGUGUAUUCCACAACCUGAAGAUAUCCGAAGGACCACGCAAGUGUUCCUUCCACAUAGUAGAAAGAUAA